CGGGUACCAAGUUAGCCAGCUACCUAGCGGUUAGCUGUAGUGGUGCCGCCCUGCUCGAUACAUCCUGUUGUUCGUUGUUCCCACGGUGAUUUAAAUGUCUCCGGUGAAGUUAACACGCUGUUAGUUUGAGGCUGCGGCGUCAGACAGCGAGGGUGGAGGUUCUAGAGGCCCUGUUUUUGUGGUUGAGUUGACUCUGCAGUGGAAGAUGUGCAAUGGAAUGAUAGAGUCAAUAUCAAAAGCCUCUCGGGCCCACACCUCAGCCACUAAACAGUCCUUUGUGUUGCUGCUGGGACUGACUGUAGUGUCCACUGCACACGGGACAGGAUGCGUGAGGCCGUACAUGGUCCAGAACAGCUGGGUCAACCUCACAGAGAGCAACAGGGGCUUGUUCCCUGUGGGCACAGUUCUGCAGUACAGCUGUGACCCUAGUUACCUGCCAGAUGGUCCCAGCAUCCUCACCUGCACCACGCUGGGACACUGGUCCUCAGAACCUCCUCGCUGUAUACGCAGUGGUGCAUGUCUACCCCUCACUAAACCUGAGAAUGGGGGCUACACCUGCCACCCAAGCCUCUGUCGAAUGUUUUCCCAUGGCUCUGUGAUCGAGUUCUUCUGUGAUGAGGGAUUUGUUCUCACUGGAGACUAUAACUACCUGACUUGUCAAGAUGGGCAGUGGGACGGCCCCAUGCAGAUCAGCUGUGUAAGCCAAGGUUGUGUAAGACCCUCCAUGGUCCAGCACGGCUCAACUAAUCUGACAGACAGCAACAGGAGCUUGUUCCCUGUGGGCACAGUUCUAGAGUACGACUGUGACCCUGGUUACCUGCCAGCUGGACCCAGCAUCCUCACCUGCACCACGCUGGGACACUGGUCCUCUGAACCUCCUCGCUGUAUUCGCAGUGACGUAUGCCAGCCUCCAUAUCGGCCAGAGAACGGAGGCUACACCUGCCACCCCUCCCCAUGUGGAAGACUUACUCAUGGUGCCAUGAUUCAAUACUUCUGUGAUGAAGGUUAUGUUCUGAAGGCAGAUUAUAAAUUCCUUACAUGUCAAUAUGGGAAAUGGGACAACCUAAUGCCAGUCAGCUGCGUCAUGGAGCAAGGUUGCAUUAGACCCUCCAUGGUGCAGCACGGCUCAACUAAUCUGACAGAAACUAACAGGAGCUUCUUUACUGUGGGCACAGUACUAGAAUAUAACUGUGACCCAAGUUACCUGCUAGACGGACCCAGCCUCCUCACCUGCAGUGCAGAGGGACAUUGGUCCUCUGAACCUCCUAGAUGUUUACGCAGUUACGUAUGUCAGACUCCGUAUGAGCCAGAGAACGGGGGUUACAACUGCCACCCCUCCCCAUGCCAAAGACUUUCUCAUGGCACUGUGAUUGAGUAUUUCUGUGAGGAAGGUUAUAUUCUGAAGGGGGACUAUAAAUACCUGACCUGCCAAUAUGGAGAGUGGGACAGUCAAAUGAAGCUCAGCUGCCUCAUGGAUCAAGACCGAGUUCCUUUACCACUGGGGAUGCCCGCCUUGUCCAUAGUGGCAUCCACAGCCAGCUCAGUGGCCCUCAUCCUGCUCCUCGUGGUGCUGUUUGUACUUUUACAGCCAAAACUGAAAUCCCUCAAUCGACGUGAUCCGGGUGUGUCUGGCCAGCCUGUGUCCAUCAUGGUGGAAGGUGUCCAGGUGACUCUACCCUCGUAUGAGGAGGCCGUGAACCGCAGUGGAGCCUCAGCUUCAGCCCUCAUCUCUGAGUCUCGAGUCCAAAUCGUGCUAUCUGAGGGUCAGCAUGCCACAGCGCCAGAGGCUGGCCCUUCUAGGCCUUCAUCCCUCAAACAGCAAAACUCAGAGAUGGCUGUGGUCCACCCUGUACCGCCAUCCUCAUCUUCCCCAUCCCCCUCACCCUUGCCAUCACCCUCCACCUGGGUUCUGGAGAACGCAGGUGCUACGGCUCCUUCAUCCUCACAAAGAAGGACGCCUUCGUGCAGUGAUCAACACAGCCUGUCUCUAGACUCAGAAAUGGACUACUCUGAUGAUAUGCCAUUGCUGAAAGAGGCCUAAAAACAUACACCGGACUUAUUUGCGGCAACCAGAGUUGCUACUGGUGAGUGGGAUGCCUCUUCAGAGUUUGUCAACACAGCUGUCAACACAGACCAGCCUACCAGCCUGGCCGAGGAGCCUCGGAGUGAAGCCGUGGCUCACUCAGAAAACACUUUCUCUGGCCACCCCAAAGGAGAACAGAGGAGGGAUUCUCAUGUAGAUACAUGCUUACAUUUUUUUAUAGGAAUUCCUACACUACUCAUGUAACGUCUAAUGUCUGAAGCUCGGUUUGAAAAUGUAGAUUAAAAUCAGAAACAGGAACAGUCAGCUCUGAAAGAAUGCGUCGGUUUGAAAACUAAAAACACUGGCAUACUUCUGAUGGAUGGGUGAAGCUGCAAAAUUAUUUUGGGAGCUUUUAAUCUCAUCAUUGUCCUGUUUACUGUUCCUUUUCUUUAAGCACAUAUCAUAUCACACCAUGUAAGACACACGUUAGAAAAGCUGCAUGAAAGCCAGGUAAUCUAUAUUGCUGUCCAAGUCAUGUCCACUCGCAGCAUUAUCUUUUUUGUAAUUAUAUUUAUCAUUAUUUAAGGGUUAUUAAUCAUGACUCACACCAUUUCAAACGUCACUGUACAGUAUAAGGCUGCUUGUCCAACUGAGGAGAUCACCGCUAAGUUUUUCUUUGGAUUGAGGACAAACAUUUAAAGUGACUUAUGUUUGUUUUUGUGGGGCCUGCAUUCAACACAUUUCAUCACUACUUCUCUUCUGCUUACCCUUUCCCCCAAUGGCCUUAGCUUUCCACUUCUAUGCACAGUUUAUCUAUGAUAUGUACAAUAAGGAAUUUCAAAAAUGAAUGUCAGUUAAACGCCUCUACUGCUUUAGUGAUAUCAUGUGUGGUUCUGUCAGACACAUCACUUGUACACUGGAAAAUAUUAUCUUCUUAAUUUAUUCAGAAACUCCUGUUUUAAGGAAACUAAAAAUGCAUAUUUUAUUUAUGUGUCCAGACUGCUGUUGAUCAGCCAUGGCUUCUUUUGAUGCUUCCACAGGUCUUGAAGAAAAAGGUCUUCACUUUGCUGCUUCAUUUUGAAUUCUAAUGACGGCACGUUCAAUGUGACGCUGUAAAAAGUGGCAAGACACAAAAAAUGAUUAAGUGUAUAGUUUAGUGUAAUGUCAGUGUUCACUUUGUUUGACUGUCAUUUGAGUUUACUUUUGGACUGAGAAAUGUAUUUGUCUUUUUUUGCAAAGAUGGUAUUUUAAUAUAUGUGAAGUUUUAAAUUAUGUUAUG